AUUAUCUUUCUCCAUUGGACUUAUGCCAAUUCAAUCUUCUAUUUAAGGGCAAGGAACGAAGCAAUCAAAACAAUAGUUAAAAGUAAGAAAAGUUAGAAAGCUUAACCAUAACUAUGACCUUCUUUCUAUAUUCCUUGUUAAUAUUUGUUGCAAUCAUCAACGGAAUCCAUGCAGUGAACUACUCAGUCACCAUCACGACUGCAUCCGGUGCUCGAUUUGACCGUGACAUUGGUGGCCAAUACACCCUUCAAACCCUUGAUUCCGCUACCAAUUUCAUCUGUCACAAUAUCCUCAGCAUCAACUGCUCCACCGACCGGAAAGAUGUCCAACACGUCAGCAUUUUUCUCGAUGACGAUAUGGAUGGAGAUGAUGUUGCAAUUGCAAGCAACAAUGAGAUCCAUGUCAAUUCCAGGUACACAGAGGGGGAUGUAGCCUUUAUGUAUGCGUACAACAUGAUAUGUUCUGAGAAGAUAGAAUAUCUAAAGACCCCCUUAAACUUGCUAAGUUUUAAUCAGAUCCCUUUAAACUAUUGGUCCAAAAUACCUCCUGUACUUGGAUUUUUGUACAUAGAAGGUUACUCGGGUGACGUGAAAAAAGAAAUCACUGGAGUAUUGUAUCAUGAAAUGACUCAUAUUUGGCAGUGGAAAGGUAAUGGUCAAGCUCCUCAAGGAUUAAUUGAAGGAAUUGCUGAUUAUGUAAGGCUUAAAGUUGGACUUGCACCUAGUCAUUGGGUGAAGCCUGGCCAAGGUAAUAGUUGGGACCAAGGCUACGAUGUGACUGCUCGAUUUCUUGAUUAUUGCAAUGUUCUUAAAUAUGGAUUCGUGGGAGAACUCAACAAGAAGAUGAGAGAUUGUUAUAGUGAUACUUUCUUUGUUGACUUGCUAGGAAAAUCAGUGGAUCAACUUUGGAACGACUAUAAGGCUACAUUUAUGUAUUGAGGCCCCGUUAGAAAAGAAAAAAGUAAAAGAAUUCAUGCAGAUCUUGCAUGAAUGGUCAAUGAGGACAAGUUUAUGUUCUCCAAAAAUUUAGUUUGGUUUUAAUUUCCUUUUCAAUGAAAAAGAACUGCAAGUGUUGUUUCCUUUCUGAUUCUCUGAUGCAAGGGUUCAAUUAAUUACCCAAAUUGUUACCACACUUCUACACUUCUCAUAAUGUCUAUCAUGUACUCUGUACGUACUGCACUAAUUAUUAAUGAAUAAUAACUCCUGUCAUUGUCAUAUGACAAAAUACAAA